UUCCAUUCCAUUGGGUUUGGUGUCGUGUUGUGAAUGUGUUGAGAAAGAGUAGAGGAGAGAACCAAAAGGGUUUCCAGAGCGGCAGCGGCUGCCUGCUUAGCUGCUGCUGAUGCUGCAGGCUGCACCAAAGCAGCGAGCCUUUUUUUACCUCUCCUACUAUACCACCACCACCAUCUCCUCUCCUCGGCUUCACUUCUCGCCUCUCCUUGUUGGCACGGGCGGCGAUUGAGCCCGCGGCGGCGCCAUGUCGGGGCUGUACAGCCCGGGGUUCUCGCCAGCGAGGAACCUCUCCCCCCAGAUUAGGAGCAACCCGACGGAUGUUGAUAGUCAGUAUCUGGCCGAGUUGCUCGCCGAGCAUCAGAAGCUGGGGCCGUUCAUGCAGGUGCUGCCCAUAUGCAGCAAGCUGCUGAGCCAAGAAAUUAUGCGGGUAUCAAGCAUUGUCCACAACCAUGGAUUUGGUGAUUUUGACAGGCAUCGGUUUAGAAGUCCUAGCCCUAUGUCUUCGCCAAACCCAAGAUCUAAUCGCUCUGGAAAUGGGUUUAGUCCUUGGAAUGGGCUACACCAAGAGAGAUUAGGUUUUCCUCAAGGAACCAGCAUGGAUUGGCAGGGAGCACCACCAAGCCCUAGUUCUCAUGUUGUAAAAAAGAUUCUGCGUUUGGAUGUCCCAGUUGAUUCUUAUCCAAAUUUCAAUUUUGUGGGACGCAUUCUAGGUCCUAGAGGUAACUCUCUAAAGCGGGUGGAAGCAUCCACUGGCUGUCGUGUUUUCAUUAGAGGGAAGGGUUCCAUCAAAGAUCCAGGGAAGGAGGACAAACUCCGUGGAAAGCCAGGCUACGAACAUCUGAGUGACCCACUGCACAUUUUGAUAGAAGCUGAGUUCCCAGCCAGUAUCAUUGAUGCAAGAUUGAGACAUGCACAGGAGGUUAUAGAAGAACUGCUAAAACCAGUGGAUGAAUCACAGGAUUUCUACAAAAGGCAACAGCUCAGGGAGCUGGCAAUGCUAAACUCAACCCUGAGGGAGGACAGCCCCCAUCCUGGGAGUGUCUCUCCAUUCAGUAAUGGCGGUAUGAAACGCGCGAAAACGGGCCAGUAGAGAAGCAACUCUACCACCACCCAUUUGAGGUGGUAUCCAGGUGCCUUAUGCCCUUAAAAAGGAUGGCAUUGGCACACCUUCAGGCAUUGUUUGCCAUGGGUGUGUGUGAAGGAAGCAAUGCAAUGCACCUUCACUAGAUGGAGUUUGGUAUCAGUCAGAUUUUCGCCUUCAGGCAGGGGAAAACUUCAGGGACAAUGACAAUAGUCGCAGAUCGUCCGGUCGAUCCACCUUUGGUUUGUUGUAAGGUCUCAAGAACAUUUGUUUUAUUUGUUAUUGACUGUUAACCCUAGUAUGUGGUGCUAUGGUAGGUUAUCUCCAUGACAAGCUAGAGAAGGCCUGGGAUGUGAGCCUUUUUUUUUCUUCCAUUUACCCCCCAUUUAGGUGUUUAAUUCACCUUGUAUUAUAUCCUUUCACAUUUAUGGAGCUGUGAAAAAUAAAAGAAGGAUGAAGGGUCAUCCUCUUUCUUCUGCCUUAUAGUAUGUCAGUAUUUGGUUUA